GGGACGAGGGAGGAGAGGACAUGGUCUGCACAAUAUGCCAGGAUGAGUGCUCAGAGGAUCCCAACGAGAUUGUCAUCUGCGACAAGUGUGGACAAGGAUACCACCAGCUCUGCCACUCCCCCAUCAUCGACUCCAGCCUGAUCGACACCGAUGAGAAGUGGCUCUGUAGGGAGUGUGUGUUCGCCACAACAGAGAAGGGUCCCAAAGCCCUGCAGGAGCUGAAGCAGUCUCUGCCUUAUUCCCUGGAGGACCUGGUGUGGGACCAGGGCCACAAGACCAACAUCCAGCAAUGCUACUGCUACUGUGGAGGGCCUGGAGACUGGUACCUGAAGAUGCUGCAGUGCAACAGGUGUAAGCAGUGGUUCCACGAGGCAUGUAUCCAGUGUUUUAAGACGCCCAUGCUCUAUGGAGACAGGUUCUAUCUAUUUAUUUGCUCAGUUUGCAGUAGUGAACCAGAGUACCUCAAACGACUGCCUCUUAGAUGGGUGGACGUUGCACACCUGAGCCUCUACAACAUGAGUGUGAUUCACAAGAAGAAGUACUUUGAUUCUGAGAUGGAGCUGAUGACUUACAUCAACGACAACUGGGAGCAACUGCAGCUCGGGGAGCUUUCAGCUACUCCUCAGUCGGACCGAUAUGAAAGUAUUUUGGAAGCACUGAAUAGCAACCACAGCAUGUUCAUGUCAGGGAAGGAGAUCAAGAAGAAGAAGCACCUCUUUGGGCUGAGGAUCCGUUUUCCUCCGGGUCCCCAGAGCUCUGACCUGCUGGCCAACAGAGGGGAGCCAGAGAGGGCCUCCAACGAGAUCAAGAUCAAAGGCAGGAAGGCUAUCAAGCCUCUUACUAACACAAGUGAAGUAACCAAUGGCGUGGUGAAGAAGAUGAAGAAACAGGGAGGUCACUCCCUGGCGACUCUGGCCAAGCUAAGUCGCUCCAGUGAACUCUUGGCCCAGGAUAUGAAGCCACCACCACCUCUGGAUUCCCAGUCCUUAAGGAGCAGGAGUGACAGAUCUGUUCCCUCCUCCAGUACCUCCGAGAUGGAAUCCAUCAGUGCCGUCCGCACCACUGAAACUACCUCAACUAGCCUCUCCAGACAGUCCAGCUUGUGUAGCUCCAGUAAGACGUUCACGGGUCGCCACUGGCCCAUCGCCCAGCCCCCCCUGAAGAGGAGACGGGGCCGGCCACGUCGGGCCCCCCUCCAGCCUCCCAACCCUGAGAUCCCCCCUCACCAGCCAGACCCCCACCACCUCCCAGAGCUCCCCAACCCCCUGCUGGGGCUCCACUCCACGGACAUAGUGCACGGGCUGGGCCAAGGUGGUCAGCUGUCCCACCUGAAGAGCUCAAUCAGUAGCUACUUUGGGGUGGCAGGCCGCCUGGAGUGCGGGGAGAAGUACCGCAUCCUAGCUCGCCGGGUCACCCUGGACGGCAAGGUUCAAUACCUGGUGGAGUGGGAGGGUGUCACUGCCUCCUAAACUUGUCAUAUCGCUUAUGUAUCGCUUAACAUGUUUACACAGCGUUUAUAAAGCAUUAUAAACUGUGUGGUUCUGAAUGCUGAUUGGCUGAAAGCUGUGGUAUAUCAGGCCGUAUACCACGGGUAUGACACAUUUAU